AUGGCGGCAGCGCCAGAUGAGGCGAGUGUGUCGGUGAAGACGGAGCCCGAGCUGCCGGAGGAUGCCAAGAGUGACAGCCUGGGCGGCCAUGAGCACGGUGCCCCUGGGCUGGGGAACGGCAAUGGGUCCUCCCCGAGCCCCGCCAGCCCCCCCGCGGCCGCCCCCCCGGCCGCCCCGGCCCCCGGAGCCGAGCUCCCAGACCGCCAGACCCUGCUCGCCGUGCUGCAAUUCCUCAGGAAAAACAACCUGAAGGACUCGGUGGACAUCCUGCGGCGGGAGACCGGGCUGCUGGAGGAGGACCUGGCCGCCACCCUGAGCCCGGAGCGGGCGGGGGACACCGAGGGCACCGAGCACAGUCUGCUGAGCCGGGUAACCGGGGGGAGCUCGGGGACCGGGAACUGUGUGACCGGCGGGACUGCCACCAGCGGGGCUCCGGGGAAAGGUGAGACCGAUAUAACAUAUAAUCAAUAUAAUAAUAAUAAUAUUCUAUAUAAUAUAAUACCGGGAACUGUGUGACCGGAGGGACUGCCACCAGCGGGGCUCCCGGGAAAGGUGAGACCGAUAUAAUAUAUAAUCAAUAUAAUAAUAAUAAUAUUCUAUAUAAUAUAAUACUGGGAACUGUGUGACCGGAGGGACUGCCACCAGCGGGGCUCCGGGGAAAGGUGAGACCGAUAUAACAUAUAAUCAAUAUAAUAAUAAUAAUAUUCUAUAUAAUAUAAUACCGGGAACUGUGUGACCGGAGGGACUGCCACCAGCGGGGCUCCGGGGAAAGGUGAGACCAAUAUAACAUAUAAUCAAUAUAAUAAUAAUAAUAAUAAUCUAUAUAAUAUAAUACCGGGAACUGUGUGACCGGAGGGACUGCCACCAGCGGGGCUCCGGGGAAAGGUGAGACCGAUAUAACAUAUAAUCAAUAUAAUAAUAAUAAUAAUCUAUAUAAUAUAAUACUGGGAACUGUGUGACCGGAGGGACCGCCACCAGCGGGGCUCCGGGGAAAGGUGAGACUGGGUCAGAUAAAAAAUAAUAAUAAUAAUCUAUAUAAUAUAAUACCGGGAACUGUGUGACCGGCGGGACUGCCCCCAGCGGGGCUCCCGGGAAAGGUGAGACCGAUAUAACAUAUAAUCAAUAUAAUAAUAAUAAUCUAUAUAAUAUAAUACUGGGAACUGUGUGACCGGAGGGACCGCCACCAGCGGGGCUCCGGGGAAAGGUGAGACUGGGUCAGAUUAAUAAUAAUAAUCUAUAUAAUAUAAUACCGGGAACUGUGUGACCGGAGGGACUGCCACCAGCGGGGCUCCCGGGAAAGGUGAGACCAAUAUAACAUAUAAUCAAUAUAAUAAUAAUAAUAAUAAUAAUAAUAAUAAUAAUAAUAAUAAUAAUAAUAAUAAUAAUAAUAAUAAUAAUCUAUAUAAUAUAAUACUGGGAACUGUGUGACCGGCGGGACUGCCACCAGCGGGGCUCCGGGGAAAGGUGAGACCGAUAUAACAUAUAAUCAAAAUAAUAAUAAUAAUCUAUAUAAUAUAAUACCGGGAACUGUGUGACCGGCGGGACUGCCACCAGCGGGGCUCCCGGGAAAGGUGAGACCGAUAUAACAUAUAAUCAAUAUAAUAAUAAUAAUAAUCUAUAUAAUAUAAUACUGGGAACUGUGUGACCGGAGGGACCGCCACCAGCGGGGCUCCGGGGAAAGGUGAGACUGGGUCAGAUUAAUAAUAAUAAUCUAUAUAAUAUAAUACCGGGAACUGUGUGACCGGAGGGACUGCCACCAGCGGGGCUCCCGGGAAAGGUGAGACCAAUAUAACAUAUAAUCAAUAUAAUAAUAAUAAUAAUCUAUAUAAUAUAAUACUGGGAACUGUGUGACCGGAGGGACCGCCACCAGCGGGGCUCCCGGGAAAGGUGAGACCGAUAUAACAUAUAAUCAAUAUAAUAAUAAUAAUAUUCUAUAUAAUAUAAUACCGGGAACUGUGUGACCGGCGGGACUGCCACCAGCGGGGCUCCGGGGAAAGGUGAGACUGGGUCAGAUUAAUAAUAAUAAUAAUCUCUAUAAUAUAAUACCGGGAACUGUGUGACCAGCGGGACUGCCACCAGCGGGGCUCCCGGGAAAGGUGAGACCGAUAUAACAUAUAAUCAAUAUAAUAAUAAUAAUAAUCUAUAUAAUAUAAUACUGGGAACUGUGUGACCGGAGGGACCGCCACCAGCUGGGCUCCCGGGAAAGGUGAGACCGAUAUAAUAUAUAAUCAAUAUAAUAAUAAUAAUCCUAUAUAAUAUAAUACUGGGAACUGUGUGACCAGCGGGACUGCCACCAGCGGGGCUCCGGGGAAAGGUGAGACCGAUAUAAUAUAUAUAAUAUAAUAAUCUAUAUAAUAUAAUACCGGGAACUGUGUGACCAGCGGGGCUCCGGGGAAAGGUGAGACUGGGUCAGAUAAAAAAUAAUAAUAAUAAUCUAUAUAAUAUAAUACCGGGAACUGUGUGACCGGAGGGACUGCCACCAGCGGGGCUCCCGGGAAAGGUGAGACCGAUAUAAUAUAUAAUCAAUAUAAUAAUAUUCUAUAUAAUAUAAUACCGGGAACUGUGUGACCGGAGGGACUGCCACCAGCGGGGCUCCGGGGAAAGGUGAGACCGAUAUAAUAUAUAAUCAAUAUAAUAAUAAUAUUCUAUAUAAUAUAAUACCGGGAACUGUGUGACCGGAGGGACUGCCACCAGCGGGGCUCCGGGGAAAGGUGAGACCGAUAUAAUAUAUAAUCAAUAUAAUAAUAAUAUUCUAUAUAAUAUAAUACCGGGAACUGUGUGACCGGAGGGACUGCCACCAGCGGGGCUCCGGGGAAAGGUGAGACCGAUAUAAUAUAUAAUCAAUAUAAUAAUAAUAAUAAUAAUAAUAAUCUAUAUAAUAUAAUACCGGGAACUGUGUGACCGGCGGGACUGCCCCCAGCGGGGCACCGGGGAAAGGUGAGACCGAUAUAACAUAUAAUAAUCUAUAUAAUAUAAUACCGGGAACUGUGUGACCAGCGGGGCUCCGGGGAAAGGUGAGACUGGGUCAGAUAAAAAAUAAUAAUAAUAAUCUAUAUAAUAUAAUACCGGGAACUGUGUGACCGGAGGGACUGCCACCAGCAGGGCUCCCGGGAAAGGUGAGACCGAUAUAAUAUAUAAUCAAUAUAAUAAUAAUAUUCUAUAUAAUAUAAUACUGGGAACUGUGUGACCGGAGGGACUGCCACCAGCGGGGCUCCGGGGAAAGGUGAGACCGAUAUAAUAUAUAAUAAUAAUAAUAAUCUAUAUAAUAUAAUACCGGGAACUGUGUGACCGGAGGGACUGCCACCAGCGGGGCUCCGGGGACAGGUGAGACCGAUAUAACAUAUAAUAAAUAUAUAAUAUAAUAAUCUAUAUAAUAUAAUACUGGGAACUGUGUGACCGGAGGGACUGCCACCAGCGGGGCUCCGGGGAAAGGUGAGACCGAUAUAAUAUAUAAUAAUAAUCUAUAUAAUACCGGGAACUGUGUGACCGGAGGGACUGCCACCAGCGGGGCUCCGGGGAAAGGUGAGACUGAUAUAAUAUAUAAUAUAAUAAUCCUAUAUAAUAUAAUACCGGGAACUGUGUGACCAGCGGGACUGCCCCCAGCAGGGCUCCGGGGAAAGGUGAGACCGAUAUAACAUAUAACCAAUAUAUAAUAUAAUAAUCCUAUAUAAUAUAAUACCGGGAACUGUGUGACCAGCGGGACUGCCCCCAGCAGGGCUCCAGGGAAAGGUGAGACCGAUAUAAUAUAUAAUCAAUAUAUAAUCUAUAUAAUAUAAUACCGGGAACUGUGUGACCGGCGGGACUGCUCCCAGCGUGGCUCCGGGGAAAGGUGAGACCAAUAUAACAUAUAAUCAAUAUAUAAUAAUCUAUUUAUAUACCGGGGCUCCAGGGAAAGGUGAGACCGGGACUGUCAGAUAUAAUAUAUAAUAUAAUCCAUAUAAUACCGGGGAAAGGUGAGACCGGGACUGUCAGAUAUAAUAUAUAAUAUAAUCCAUAUAAUACCGGGGAAAGGUGAGACCGGGACUGUCAGAUAUAUAAUAUAAUACCGAGGUUCUAGGGAAAGGGGCGACCGGGACUGUCAGAUAUAAUAUAUAAUCUAUAUAAUACCCGGACUGCCAGAUAUAAUAUAAUCUAUGUGAGACCGGGGAUACCGGGUCAGAUAUAAUAUAUAAUACCGGGACUGUCAGAUAUAAUAUAUAAUGUAAUCUAUAUAAUACCGGGACUGUCAGAUAUAAUAUAUAUAAUCUAUAUAAUACCGGGACUGCGGGGAAAGGUGAGACCGGGAUUGUCUGAUAUAAUACCGGGACUGUCAGAUAUAAUAUAUAAUACCGGGGCUAUGGGGAAAGGUGAGAAACCGGGACUGUCAGAUAUAUAAUAUAAUGUAAUCUAUAUAAUACCGGGGCUCCGGGGAAAGGUGAGACCAGGACUGUCAGAUAUAAUAUAUAAUGUAAUACUGGGACUGUCAGAUAUAUAAUAUAAUGUAAUUAAUAUAAUAUAAUACCUGGGGAAAGGUGAGACCAGGGAUACCGGCUCAGAUAUCACAUAAUCUAUAUAAUACCAGGACUGUCAGAUAUAAUAUAAUCUAUAUAAUAUAAUACCGGGGCUCCGGGGAAAGGUGAUACCGGGUCAUAUAUAAUAUAUCAUGUAAUCUAUAUAAUAUAAUACCCGGACUAUCAAAUAUAAUCUAUAUAAUACCAGGACUGCGGGUAAAAGUGAGACCGGGACUGUCAGAUAUAAUAUAUAAUCUCUAUAAUACUGGGACUGCCAGAUAUAAUCUAUAUAAUACCGGGGAUACCGGGUCAGAUAUAAUAUAUAAUACCGGGACUGUCAGAUAUAAUGUAAUCUAUAUAAUAUAAUCUAAUACCGGGACUGUCAAAUAUAAUCUAAUCUAUAUAAUACCGGGACUGUUAGAUAUAAAAUAUACCGGGACUGCGGGGAAAGGUGAGACCGGGGAUACAGAUAUAAUAUAUAAUCUAUGUAAUACCAGGACUGUGGGGAAAGGUGAGACUGGGAAUACAGGGUUAGUUGUAAUAUAUAGAUAUCUCUAUCUCAUCAUUUAAGGUGAGACUGAAAUGUCAGCCACAAAUUUGAUUGUCCUACUGUUUCUACUGGGAAAGGUGUGCUUAGGGGUGGGCUAAUGCAGAGUCAGCUGGCUCUACUCAGUGUAAGGCAGGGCCAGCAUCAAUGUCAAUCCCUGUAGAUGAAUUUUACUGUUACUGAGUAAGUCAAUCAGUUCUAUGGGUGGUUUUUGCUUUUUCCACAUCUUCCUUUUCUUUUUGGAUACAACAAUCCAAAAUCGUUGAGCCCUAAGAGUUCUUGAAACACUAGAUUUUCCUGUACUGACGGCUGGAGCAAUGUCUCUGUCAUAGAUGUGUGGUCUUUUGAGGACCUGACAUGGCUUUUAUGCUGCAUUGUGCACAAUAUUUAAAUUUUAUUUACAAUAGAAUAUUGUUGGGGGGUGGUGGUGGUAAGGUUAGUAAUUAUGUUAGGUACUUGAACAUAUUAGCAGAAACAAAUGACUUGCUAGCCUGUCAAUCAUAAGUACAAAUUCGCACAAAACAAAGCAUUUAUUAAUUUCAUUGUUGGAAAUAAGAUUUAAAACACUAUACAUACACGUGAAUACUUCAAAUGAUAUAUUUUUUGGUUUUCGUAGUUUUGAUAAGUAGUGGCCAACAGGACCAGCCCGAUGUAAGUGCCGUGCUGUCUGCAUACACGCAGCAAGGAGACCCGGCCUUGUAUGAGGAAUAUUAUAGCGGCCUGAAGCAGUUUAUAGAGUCCGUGUUAGACUGCCACCGGGCAGAGCUGUCCCAGUUAUUCUACCCACUGUUUGUGCACAUGUAUCUGGAACUUGUAUACAAUGAAAAUGAAAAAGAAGCAAAGUCUUUUUUUGCAAGGUGGGUAUUAUUCUGCAUUGUAUGUGACAUGCCCUGUGUAAGAAAAAUGUAACAAAUCCUAAAUGUUCGUUUGCCACCAACUGAUCAAAUUAAUGAGAAAAUGUGAAUAUAAUACUUUUACAUGUACUUUCUAACUGUAGUGUAGAGUAUAACUUGAUUGUUAUGUAAUGUACGCAGAAUUCCACUGAUUAUUUAUUUUUCCUUUAUGAAAGUGUCCUUUAUAGGAAUAUAUAGUUGCAUUGUUUUUACAAACUGCUAAACUGGUUCUUUGUGUGAGUUCACAUUAAUUGCUUAGCACAUUUCUGCUUGUAACUGCACAUUUAUACACGUAAUGCAAAUUGUAAGAAUACACUUUAUCAAUUCCUUUUUGAAAAGAUUUCAUGGAGACCAGGAGUGUUACUAUGAAGAUGACCUUCGAAUUUUAGCCAGCCUUUCCAAGAAAGAGCAUAUGAAGGGCAACGAAACCAUGCUGGAUUUCCGAACUAGUAAAUUUGUGUUGCGGAUAUCUCGUGACUCCUACCAGCUUCUAAAGCGCCAUCUGCAGGAACGUCAGAACAAUCAGAUAUGGAGCAUUGUUCAGGAGCACUUGUACAUUGACAUCUUUGAUGGAAUGCCUCGCAGUAAACAGCAGAUUGAUGCAAUGGCAGGCAGCUUAUCUGGAGAGGCAAAACGAGAGGCUAACAAAGUCAAGGUAGAGAACGUGUUGUGAAGAUGGUGUUUGGUUAAGGUUACCCUAGGCAUAUUUUUCUUAUUGAUGUAUACUAGUAAAUAUGUUUAACUUUUCAAUUAUAUUAUUGGAAGGUGUUUUUUGGGCUUUUGAAAGAGCCAGAGAUUGAGGUACCUUUGGACGACGAAGAUGAGGAAGGAGAAAACGAAGAUGGCAAACCAAAGAAAAAGAAGCCUAAAAAAGAUAGCAUUGGGUCAAAAAGCAAGAAACAAGACCCACACGCUCCCCCACAAAAUAGGUACUGUAAAGAGAUAUAUAGAUCUAAAUAUACACUCCUAGUCUUUGGGGCAACCCUAGAAAACGUAUCACCUGAGGGUGUCCAACAUUGCUGCUUGGCUGGUAACAUGUUAUACAAUACAGUAAUAAAUGUGGAAGCCAUUCCGAUGCUGUAUAAAUGUCACCACUAUUUAGGCACGCUUACAAGGCUUUAAAAGAAUACAUUUUAGUUAUGGUUCAUCCUUUAAUUAUUUCUUCUUUGUAUUUUAAGGAUUCCUCUUCCAGAACUAAAAGACUCUGAUAAGCUUGAUAAAAUUAUGAUUAUGAAGGAAGCAGCAAAACGUGUGCGUCUUGGUCCUGAAUGCUUGCCGUCCAUCUGUUUUUACACCUUCCUCAAUGCCUAUCAGGUCUGUACUAAUAUAACACUAAAGAGACACUUUUAAAAUUUUAUUUUUUGUGUAUUUGACUUGAUUCACGGUUUGUCUUCAGUGUGGCUCAGUUGCUGCAAUCCUACUUUCCUUAUGGUGUGUGUUUAAUCAGUUAUUGUGUUUGUGGAUGCAGGGUUUGACUGCUUUGGAUAUUACGGAUGAUUCCAGUCUCAUAGCUGGGGGAUUUGCAGACUCCACUGUGCGUGUAUGGAGUCUCACACCGAAAAAGCUGCGUAGUGUUAAAAAUUCAUCAGGUAAGGAGAACCAAACAACGAACCAUAAGGAAAAAUUCAGACCUGCAAGAAAUGUAUUACUUACGAUGUUUAGCUCCGUGAAGAGAGCUUCCUGCUCUUAUUCAACAGACUCCAGGCAAGAAGUUAAAUGUUUCCAAAACAGUUUGACUCCUUGUAAUUUGGAGGAACACCAUUGCACUCCUGGCACCAUAAGCCCUACUAUAUGCUUUAGUGGUUAUGGUGCUUGGAGUGUUUUUAGUUUUAAUAUUAUAAAUAUUAAGUGUUUUUCUCAAAUUUGGAAAAAAAAAUAUAGUAAUCUAUAGUUACCUUUUUAUAAAUUGUAUAUAACCUUGGUACUUGAUUAUCUUUCCCAUAAGUUUAAUGACAUGGUUACUGAACUCUGUUUGUCAGGUGAGAUUAUUCAGUAUAGAUUGUCCACUAUGGUCUUGAGGUUUGUGUGGUUUAAAACAAAAAAAAAAACUGUUUACAAGUCUUAUAUCAAAUGCAUUUUAUGCCAAUGAAGUUUAAAAAAAAUAAAUGGCCUCAUCUGUAAAAUAAGGGACAUUAAGCUUUUUAUGAAUGUCAUGAUUUUUUAUUUUGCAGAUCUUGGUCUAAUAGACAAGGAAUCUGAUGAUGUUUUGGAGAGAAUAAUGGAUGAGAAAACAGCAAGUGAAAUGAAGGUUUUAUAUGGGCACAGUGGCCCUGUCUAUGCAACAAGUUUCAGUCCAGACAGGUAAGACCAAACGUUAUGAAACAAUGGUAGGAAACUGUUAAGAGUUCCAGAUAUUUAACAGCUGGCAUGAUAAUCUGGCAUACUUAAGCCCUUGGUGUUAACUGGAGAGCUACUUUUUUGCUUUGUGUUGUAGAAGGAAGUAUAAGCUUAGUGUGCCCAUUAGAUCAGACCUUUGUUCUAUCCACUACCUUUUCAUUGCAGGAAUUAUUUGUUAUCCAGUUCCGAAGAUGGCACUGUCAGACUAUGGAGUCUUCAGACAUUUACUUGCUUGGUGGGCUACAAAGGGCACAAUUACCCUGUCUGGGAUGCUCAGUUCUCUCCGUACGGUUAUUAUUUCGUGUCUGGUGGCCAUGACAGAGUUGCUCGGUAAGAAACUCUUAAAUGUAGCAGCCCUGCUUCAUGUAUCAAACAUAUUAAAAUGUGCAGUUGUAGGAAGAAUGCAAAUUGCUUUUAUUACGAAUUCUCCCAGUAACCCUAAUAAUCUUUCAGGAUCUACAAUAAUGUAUAUGUGAGGUUUCUUUUGACCUGAUAUUAUGGAUGUUUCUUACCUUUCUAUUAUUUGGUAGUCUGUGGGACAUCUGUACAUAAGAUCUUUAUGCACACUUCUAGUAAAGCACUUUUAUAUCCCAGGCAGCUAGAGCUCAGAAGAUUUAAAUACUGUUUAUUCUUUAGUACGGGAAUGUUCCGUGGGACAUAUGGCAAAAUCUUUUGUGACUUGUGUUUCUUUACUACAUCCUGGCACAUGAGGCAAUUAUAAUAGCCAAGGAAUCCAGCUUUUUAUAAAUGUAUACUUAUAAAGAUUGAAGCAUUAAUUUUGUUUUGUUUUAAUUCAGACUAUUUUAAUAAAUUGUAAAGUUUGUUAACCAGUUCUUAUUUCACAUUUUUACCACAUGAUUUAAAUUUGGCCCAAAGUUGUGUUUGGCACGUUCUUCCUUUUCAUAUUGACCUUUUGUGCAAAUGUCCUUCUUAAUAUUUAAUGUGUUUUACAUAAUACUAAUGGGAACUGAUAUUCUUAUCCUAAUAUAUUUAAGUGGAGUCAGUUAAUAUCCAGUGUUUUUAUUCUGUUCCUGUUUUUAUUUUGUUUAAGUUUAUGGGCUACGGAUCACUAUCAGCCUCUACGAAUAUUUGCUGGCCAUCUUGCUGAUGUUGUUUGCACUCGUUUUCAUCCAAAUUCCAAUUACAUUGUCACUGGCUCCACAGAUAGGACUGUCCGAUUAUGGGAUGUUUUAAAUGGGAACUGUGUGAGAAUAUUUACAGGACACAAGGUAUUGUAACAACAAUCUGUAUAAUCUGUACACACGUAAUGCACUUUGAACUGGUUAUGUACUAUUAUUAUUUUUACAGGGACCAAUUCACACAUUGACCUUUACUCCCAAUGGAAAGUUUCUUGCAUCUGGAGGCACAGACAGUAGAGUUCUGCUGUGGGACAUCGGCCAUGGCAUGCUUGUUGGAGACUUAAAGAGUCACACAAAUACAGUCUAUGCACUUAAGUUUAGCAGAGAUGGGGAGAUUCUGGCAUCAGGUACUUAUGUAAAACAUUUCUACUUGAUUUUCCACAUGAUGUUGGUGCUGUCCCCAAAGUGACAUGAUUUGCAACAUUUAUACCCAUCACGUACCUGUUGACAUUGAAGUACAACCUUGGCUUGUAAAAAGAACUGAAGUGGACCUAUAGGAUGUGCACAACUACUUUUCAGGUUUCUAUUAUCUGCUCUUCCACAUCAACCACAGACUGGUCAGAGUUUUAGGUGCUGGUCAAAAUUUCUUUGUCGACCCACUCAGUUUGAUACUAACUGAACACUGUGCCCCAAAACGAUUUGCAUUAUAACAAUUUCAAAGCAUUGUAGUGAAUAUAAUGCUUACUGUGACUAUAUUGGUAAUUUUAAACUGAAAUUCAGUACAUUUUUAGUCUGCUGUUGGAAAUGCCACCUGCAGCAGCAUCAUUAGCUAGCCUGGAACAAGAAUUCCAUGUGUGUUUGUCAAUUCUGUGAAAGAGUGAACUGUCACUGUUGGCCAAUGAAUGGUGGUUUUAGCAAAAGUUGGGUACUUAUCAGUGGCCAUAGAGAACCUGUGGCUCCCUGGUUAGAGGGCAAACUUAUUAGAUCAUUAAUACUGAAACUAAGUCAUGUUGAAUACUGUAUAAUAUGUUUUAUGAGGAAAAAACUUGCUCAAAUUAUUAAACUUUUUUUUAUCCUCUGUAGGGUCAAUGGAUAACACUGUUAAACUAUGGGAUACUGUUAAAGCAUUUGAAGACCUAGAGACUGAUGAUUUCACAAGCUCAACUGGUCACAUAAAUUUACAUGAAAACUCCCAGGACUUACUGCUUGGCUCUUUUCUGACCAAAUCAACACCUGUCAUAAAUCUCCAUUUCACAAGGCGGAACUUAUUAUUGGCAGCGGGCGCUUAUAGUCCACAAUGA